AUGACCAAACUUCUCCUUACUCUUAUCCCCCUUCUCCUCGCCUCAUCCAUCGAUGCCCUAGCAACAGGCGGCGCUUCGCAAUCUCGGGUCUUUGUCGGAACCCCCACGCAAACGGAUCCUCGUCUUGUCAAAGACUGCAUGACCCCGACUCCCAUAUUUACUCUACAGACAACAAACACGGUCAACGAAGCCAUUCACGAUCUGCUCCAACGAAACCUCAAUGGAGCUCCUGUAGUGGACGAGGAUGACAAUCUGGUGGGAGUCAUCACCGCCUUUGACUUUCUGGCCAAGGAAAAUGGGGGUGCCGUCUUGCCCAUGCAAGGCUCCAAGGAAGAAAUGGGCAGGAUUAUGAAUGUGGCACGCAAGAUUGUCGCUACUACCGUAGGGGACCUUAUGUCUCCCGAACCCAUCACCAUUCAUCCUCAUUCCAGCAUGCGAGAAGCCGCUGCCUUGAUGAGCUCGUCCCGAACCCAUCGUCUGUGUGUGGUGAAUGACGACGGGAAAUUGAUUGGGACCUUGGCAACAACAGAUGUCAUGCAGGAUGUUCUCAAGGCUGUUCGUCAAGCUCUGCCCGAGUCACAUGGUGAUCCACAAGACGAGUCGGUAUCAGAACUCUUGCCUUAA